AUGAUUUCUCUCUGGCACUCAGUGAUCACCGAGUACUACCAAUGGGGGAAAGAACUGUAUGUAAAUGAUACAGUUCUUUCCCCUAUCAGCUCCUGCACACUGCUUUGUAUGGCUCUCCAUAACAGAGCCGUACAAAGCAGUGUUCUUACAGUGGAAAGCACUCAGCAUACUAUGAAACAGCACACAGUUAACCCUUUGAUCACCCCACAUAUUAACCUCUAUAUAGCCCAGUGCCAUUAGUACAGUGUCAGUGCUUUUUAUUAGCACUGAUCACUGUAUUGGUGUCACUGGGGAUGUCAGUGAUACCAAGUCAGUUCCCCCCAGUGUCAGAAUGCUUGUUGCAGUCCCGCUAUAAGUCACUGAUCGCCACCAUUACUAGUAAAAAAAAAAAUCUAGUAUAUAUACUGCCAUUUGCAAACACUAUAACUUUCAUGUAAACCAAUUAAUUUA